GAUGGCAAAUGUGCCAAAGACAUCACUGUUUGUCUUGCUCUGUCGUGCCAUACUCCAAUUCCUUUUCUCCAGCGAUAUUCUUGAGAAAAUAGGAAGCAAUCUGUUGUAGGGACUAAUUGUAGGCAAAAUUUAUCUUGUUAUUAUGGAAUGUUUAUCUAUGCCACUUCAAUCUUCUCUGCUUUGGCUAACAACAGCUUUUGCUAUGUUGCAGGAAAUCAUCAUUUGGGUUUGAAGCUAGGACUCGGUAAGAUAGAUCUCUUCAAUUAAAUAUCAAAUUGAUCUGGGUAGCAUCAAGUAACAAGUGUUUGAACCCAUGCAAACCAAACCCAUGUAUAUCUGAGAUUCAAUUAGAUGGGUUAUUUAUGAUUUCUACUGAUCUACUUGAUUUUUGACUAAUAGGAAAACAUAUCCAAUUAGGCACAUCACUGUUAGGUAAGGCAUGAGGGAAUGUAUAUAUUAAAUGGAGUUAUUGUCAUUAUGUUCAUAUUUUGCAUAAAUAUCAGACCGUGAUUUCCCAUUUAUAUCUCCACAGGAGUUUUGGCUUUGGCUUUGCAUACGUACUUGUGGUUCUAUUAAUAUUAAUCAACUAAGCUUUAAUCCUCUUGAACUGUAUGAUAGUGAAAGGUGAUAUGUUUGAAUCACUCUUUGAUUGAACAUAGUCUGAUUAGUCUCAUCCAGAAUUGGACUUUUCUAUGAGUUUUCGGUCAGAAGAGAAUUACUUGAAUAAUUGCUAGGUAUUGUGAGGAUAAUGACAACAUUGUAGUUCAUGAAUCUCUAGUAUAAACUCAGCAAUAGAGAUUGGAAUCUGGCUAUAGAAGCAGGCGUCUUACAUCAGUACUGGACAAUGAAGUCUUAUAUCGUUGUUUGAAGAGUCAAGACCUGAGGUCUAUCUGGUACUAGUCAAUGUUGAAGAUGAGGAGGAAACUACCUCAGCCAAUUAAAGUUCCAAGUCUUCCAUUACCAAUUUCCAAGUCAACUAAGCUAGCGUGUUACGAAAUUUACUUACCAACAUCUUAAGAGAAAACACUUCUUCAGCAGUUUUGUUGUGCUUGUUGUUCAGCCGGGAAUUCUUGGAUGGCUCCUUUCACUUUGUUUAUUUCAUUUCUUCUCACUAAUCUUGCUGUUCUUCACUCUGCUGAAGAAGAGAGAAUCCACACACGUUGUUCCCGCUACUACUUCUGUAAUGAUGUAAUAGGCAACAUCUCUUUCCCGUUCAAAAAAAGGGAACAUCCUCAAUGCGGAUUGUAUUCUGUUGAUUGUUCUGAACGUCCGAGGAUCCAAUUCAUAGAGGGCGGAUACUGGCAUGAAAUUGAAAGCUUCUCUCAGUCGAAUAAGAUCAUCUCGAUCAAUGACAAAGAGCUUCAGCAGCGACUGGAAAAAGAUUCCUGCGAUGAUGAAAGCUUCGAGUAUUUAAGUCUUCCCGACCCUUCUCCAAUAUCUAAUGUGUCCGUCACAUCCACUCUGACCCUGUUCAAAUGUAGCAACCCGCUGUCCGUUCCGGAUCUUGAAUUCUGCUGCAGCAGUGCUUCCCAUACUUAUUAUUAUACUUCUCCCAAUUAUAUACCAAGAGCUUCUCCACCGUGUACGGUUGUUCUGCUCCCCCUUCUUCCGGGUUGGAAUCCUUUGAAUCAACAUCACUCUACCCUCACUGUUAACUUCACCGUUCAAGUGACAGUAUCCAGAAAAUGUUCUAAAUGCUAUGAUAGAGGAGGCAUGUGCCUGGCACACGAGAGAGAAUUUAAUUGCUCAGUCGCACUGAAAGGUGAUCAGAUAUCCAUAUUGAAGCUAGGACUAGGUGCAGUGGCUGGCGUUGUGGCUCUAGCGGUUAUCUCUUGCUUAAUCUUUUGGAAGAAGAAGAAACGGCAAGAUCAUCUAAAUGUUGAGGCUUUUCUAAGGAACUACUGGCCACUUCAUGUUAAAAGAUACAGUUAUUCGGAUGUCCGGAAAAUGACCAACUCCUUCAAAAAAAAGUUGGGGCAAGGGGGCUAUGGUGGUGUAUACAAAGGAGAGUUAAAAGAUGGUCGUCUUGUAGCAGUAAAGGUCUUGAACAGAUCAAAAGGUAAUGGAGAAGAGUUCAUGAAUGAGGUUGCAGCCAUUAGUAGAACUUCCCAUGUCAAUAUUGUCAGCUUGUUGGGAUUUUGUUUUGAGGGUUCAAAAAGAGCUCUCAUAUAUGAAUUCAUGCCUAAUGGAUCUCUUGAGAAGUUCAUAUUUGAUGCAAAUAACCCCCGAAAAGAUCAUAACUUGGGAUGGGAAGCAUUGGAACAAAUUUCACUUGGCAUUGCUCGGGGUCUAGAAUACUUGCAUCGUGGCUGCAACACAAGAAUUUUGCAUUUCGACAUCAAGCCUCAUAACAUUCUUCUUGAUGAGAACUUCUUGCCUAAGAUCUCUGAUUUCGGCCUUGCCAAAAUAUGUGACAGGAAAGAGAGUAUUGUGUCUAUGUUAUAUGCAAGAGGUACAGCUGGAUACAUUGCUCCAGAGGUGUUCUGUAGAAACUUUGGAGGUGUCUCACACAAAUCAGAUGUGUAUAGUUAUGGAAUGAUGCUUUCGGAGAUGGCCGGGGGAAGACGGAACAUCAAUGUUGAAGUUGAAGAUACUAGUGAGAUAUAUUUUCCACACUGGAUUUACAAUCGUCUUGAAAUGGAUCAAGAACUUGGUCUGCAAAGCAUCAUGAAUGAGGAGGACAAAGUAAGGGCAAGGAAACUGAUAAUAGUGAGCUUGUGGUGCAUACAAACUGACCCUUCAAACCGGCCAGCGAUUAGAGAAGUUAUAGAAAUGUUGGAAGGGAGUGUUGAGUCCUUGCAGAUGCCACCAAAGCCUUAUUUGUCUUCUCCUCCAAAAUCUCCUGUAGUGGUAUUGGAUUCUUCUACUACAUUGGUAUCAAUAUAAGAAAAAUCUGUAUUUGACUUGUAACUUUAUGUGUAUUUUGUUUGUCAUGUUUCAUUUUGCAUCCCACUCAUGAACUGUGUGAAUGAUACGGGAUGAAAAUGUAGCUGGGAUGUAUUUUGAUAUGUGUGCAUUCAUUCAAGUUCAAAGCCCUGGCAAGGGCAAGUGUCAAAAUUUGUUGUGUAACUUGUUUAAUAUUAGUUCUUCCUCCUAUUCUUGUAAACCCUUGAUUCAAUUUUUCGAA